GGUGCAGUGAUGUAGUUCGCAAUAAUAAAAUUAAAAAAAAAAAAAAAAAACCUUAAAUCCGCGUCAAUGUGAUGUGUUGAUAAUCGCGAAUAGAACACACUUAUUUGUAUGUAUGUUUGAUUUUUUUUGCAGAAAAUAAUUGUUUAGUUAAUUACAAAAAAAUAACAAUAAACGCGGUGCGCUCUCGAUAAAAUUGUCCGGUUCGAAGGACUACGCGCGGGCCAUGCCACCCUGUCGGUGGUCCAUGCCGCCGGUCCACGUGACCCUGGUCACUUUACUUGUGUUGCAGGUGGACACCGCGGAGAGGUCGAGAAUUCAAAAGCGACAGUUGUUUCGUGAACACGUGCUGCCGUUCCUCGGCGGCAAGAUACCAGAUUCAGCGUUUCGUGCGGACCGUUUAGCGUUGAACAUGUUAAACAAAGAAGGCAUAUCUGUUCCCGACGGGAUUCUGUUUGAUAUCUCUCCCAGGGAAUCGCAUCAUCAGUCUUCGCGAGUCGAUCCGGAACUGUCCAACUCCAUAGUCAAAAUGCUACACACGCCGGAUGGAAGGUACGUGCCAUCCGAAGGCAAACACGAUUUCGAAAACGAGGUGGAAACCACCUACAGGAUCGUGAUCCCUUCGAACUAUCCCAACUACCAGUUACCGAGGUUUAAACCGUUACCAGGAACAUUGCAGUUGCCAAUCAGACAGAUUUUCGACGGCGGUUUCCGCGCCAACACCGUUCAAGGACAAUUGGGAGUCCCUUUCUAUCCACAAGGACAGAAUUGGGGUGCCAUGGAAACCGACAGAAACGAUCCACUCUACCGUUUUAAAUACGGCGGCGGUAACAACAUCGUCCAACCCAAACCACAGUUUAACAACAUUCAUCUGACUAACUUUGUGUGCGAUGGAUCUGGAAGGAUGUAUCCGGACCCAGAAGCCCAAUGCCAGGUAUUUCACUUAUGCCAUUACAAUGGAUUCAAAGAGUCGUUCGUUUGUCCAGAAGGAACGCGGUACGAUGCGACCGUUCAAGAGUGCAGGCCUUGGUACUUAACUCCUUGUUUGAACGGCCGCGGACCGUAUUAGGUCGACGAAAUUAACAAAUAUUAAUUUCCCAUAAUGUCUUCGAUUUCGCUGUUAAUAGAAAACAUAAGAAAAAACAAAAAUGUAAAUAAAAAAUAAUAAU